AUGCUUUCGAAAAAAGACCCGUUUCUUUCGCUCCCUGUCUCGCGAGUAGCGCUGUCGGCUAGAUUGAACCAACUAGCACAGACAAACUCACGGCCUGCAACACCAGCAAGCUAUGUCUCGAGCUCGCUCAACCCAAAUAAGAAUACACCGACCGUUUCUGGAUCGACACCUGUGAACUCGGGCUUGAAGUCAAGCGAGGAGCUUCAGAGAUUCGAGGAGUUAUCUAUCGUCAAGGAUAUCCGCGAUUUCGAAGCGACGUUGACCGAGUUGGCCACCGCUGUAUCCUCAUUCAGAGAUGAAGAAAUCGCACCUUCCGUUCACAAGCUAAUAGACAUAAAUACCAGUAUUGCACAGGCGGUGGGAGACUUGCAGACCCACCAGGAGCUCUUGCAUCAGAUCACAGAGCUCAAAAGCGAGAACGGCGAUCUAGACCGCCUUCAGAAAAACACGCUCCGAAAAUUGAUCGCUAUUCGUGCCAGUUUGCGCCUGGAUCCAGCGCUGAAGUCCUCCUCUACCACGGCACAGGAUUUGGGCGGGUUGGAUGUCCAGACGCUUCUUGACUACUCCAUGAAGCUCGCGAAAUUCUCUCGUGCUCCAGCCACCGUUCAGUCGCAAAUGGUGCAUCCGAAUAAUUACAUUUGGCCUGCAGAAGAUGCUUUGCGCCGAGGGAUGUUGGCCAUGGCGUCUCUCAAGCCAGACGAAUUGAUCAAAGCAGAACUCGGUGAUGAAGAUGAGAAUAUGGAUGUGGUUGCCGAAUCUGUUGCAGAGGAAAAGCAGGAUGAUACACCUUCAAGCACAUCUGUUGCGCCAAACGCAGCGGAACGACCACCAGCUUCUAGACCAUCGGAACAAAAAACAAUUCCACAGCAAGUACCUGCGCCUAGUCUUGAUCUCGAUCUUUUCGAUGAUGAUGAUUCCGAUGAGUCCAACAACAGCGAUUAG